AUGCUCCAAAUUACAGCAUCCAUCCUGCUUCUCCUCUUCAUCCAGUGUCAGGCUGGGGAAGUAAAGGUGCAAGACAAUUUUGACACAGGCAAAUUUAUGGGUAUGUGGUACGCAUUGAUGGCGGCAUCCAACUGCCCCAUGUUUGAAGAAAUGAAAGCUCACAUGACCCGUCCUAUCGUGGUUUACACAAUGCAUGGCAAAACUGUGAAGACCAGCAUGGCUUUCAGGGGACCUGAGGGCUGCGCGCAGAUGGAUGACAUUAUGGAGACCCUCGCCCCCGGGCACUACAAACACAAGUCUGAAUCCCAUCAUUUCCACACAGCGAAAGGCGAUAGUGAACUCACCAUCGUCCACACGAAUUACAACUCACAUGCUAUGGAAUUUCGGAGAACCGCCCAUCCAGGAGGCACCUGUAUAACCGUCAAUCUACAAGGGAGAAAUACUGAUCUGCCAGAAGAAGUAAAAGCUAAAUUUAUAGAUUACAUCCAACAUCUGGGCCUCAGCGAGAAGGAUAUGACGAUAUUCAGUAAAGGAGAGGAAUGUAUCCCCAAGUGAUUUUCGAUAUCCACCCAGCAAACCCCCCCGCACCCCCCGAAAAUCCCUCUGCACCUCCUACUACCCCUCCAUCUCUUCUCUGAU